AGAGGCUAUUAGAGCAGGAGUGUGGAAAGGAAAGGAAGUGGUGGAAGCAUGGAAUGGCGAGUAGGAGCAGCGUGGAUAUGGUGCCUGUUGGUGGUGUGGACAGCGCCGUCGUGCCACUGCCAUGUGCAUCGGAAAUUGGGGGCUCUCCGUCAGGGAUCCAGCGGCGUGAGUAGCAGCUCCUCCAGCAACUCGUCAUACGCCGUCAUACUGGACGGUGGCAGCACGGGGACUCGCAUUCAUGUGUUCCACUUCGACCAGAGCUUGCAGCUGCUUUACAUCGGCGACGGUUUAGAGUACUACUACAAGGUGACGCCGGGGUUGAGUUCGUACGCAGAUAAUCCGGAGGAGGCGGGGGAGUCGUUGCUGCCGUUGCUGAGGAAAGCGGAGAAUGUUAUUCCGGAGGAGUCUCGCUCCGCCACGCCGCUCAGGCUUGGGGCUACUGCGGGUUUGAGAUCUCUGGGCUCCCAUACUGCCGAGCUCAUCUUGCAGGCCGUUAGGGAUGUCGUGAGGAGCAAUAGCUCGUUUGCGGUGGAGUCUGAUGAUGCGAUUGCCGUUCUUAGUGGAAACCAAGAGGGAUAUUAUCUAUGGGUGACGGUGAACUAUCUACUGAAUAAGCUGGGAGAAGGGUAUGCAGAGACAAUAGGAGUGGCAGAUCUGGGAGGCGGAUCUGUUCAAAUGGCUUAUGCCAUCUCAGAGGAUGUUGCUGCUAAUGCUCCUCAGAAUGCACCUAACGGUGACGCUUACGUUACUAAGAUUUCCCUCGCUGGUUCCACCUACCACAUUUACGUUCACAGUUACUUGAACUUUGGCAAAGAAGCAUCCCGUGCGCAGAUCUUAAAGCUCACCGGUGAUUCUGACAACCCUUGCAUUUUAACUGGCUUCAGUGGGACCUACGAGUACGAAAACGUGAAGUACAAAGCGUCGGCGCCGGCGAACGGGUCAAGCUACAGUGAAUGCAGGAACACAGUGCUGAAGCUUUUUGAUUUCACCACAUGUGCGCAUAAGAACUGCACAUUUGGGGGGGUUUGGAACGGUGGAGGAGGACCGGGCCAGAAAAAUCUCUACCUUGCCACUUCUUUCUAUUACCUAGCCAUCGACGCGGGUUUUGCUGACCCAAACAAAACGAGCGGCCAGGUUCGUCUGAUAGAUUAUAAGAUAACGGCGGAGCUUGCCUGUAAGACAACAUACGAGGAGGCCAAAACCACCUUCCCGCAUAAUGCCGAAGACGUGCUUGCAUAUACCUGCAUGGAUCUCGUAUACCAGUACACCCUGCUGGUCGAUGGAUUUGGGUUGGAUCCAUGGGAGGUGGUGACGGUUGCGAAGGAGAUAGAGUACAAGGGCUCCUCCUUGGAUGCAUCGUGGGCCCUAGGCAGCGCCAUCGAGUCUAUUUCUUCUGUAUCUGAAUUCCAACACUAAUGUACGUCCUGUAAUGUAAUAUGCGUGCUAGCUGUGUUGGUAAACCAUCUGUACUGGAGUGAAGAGCUACCUGCAUGAGUCGUGUCAGACAUGCAUGAUGUGUUCAAUAAAGCUCCCCCUUUUCUAUUAUCUCUCUCA